GGGCAGGAGCGGGGCAGCGGUUGCGGGGCCUGGGUGCGGGGCGCCGUGCUCUUUCGGGCCCGGCGGGAGGAGCUGGCGAUGGGCGCCGGGGCCGCGCAGCGGGGCUGAAGGGGAGCGGCGGCGCCGGGGACGCCACGGCCUCCCGGGAGCCUGCCUGGCAAGCGUGCCCGGCCGCGGCGUCCGCGUCUCGGCUGCUGCUGCUGCAGCCGCUGCCGCCUUGGGGCGGGGCUCCCCCCGCGCGGCUCCCCCGCUCCGGGCAGCAGCGGCUCGCCGGCCGGAGGCAGCGACGUGGCAGGCGGCGGCGGCGGCGGAGCCAGGGCAUUGACAACAAGGAGGCAGAAUGGAGAGCAAGUGCUGCAGGCGGUUCAUGGUUUGCUCCAAGACAACCAUCUAUACCUUUCUGCUUGGUGGAGUCUUUAUUGCUUUGGGCUCAAGUCGAAUCCUUCUGAUGAAGUACUCUGCCAAUGAAGAUAACAAAUAUGAUUACCUUCCUACAACAGUGAACAUAUGUUCUGAAGUAGUAAAACUGGUCCUGUGUGUAGUAUUGGUACUAUGGAUGAAGAAAAAAGAGGGUUGUUUGGGUCAUCCCUUUGAAUGUCUUUCCUGGAAGAAUUUUUGUAAUUCCAUGAAAUGGUCAAUUCCUGCCUUUCUUUACUUUUUGGAUAACUUGAUUGUCUUCCACGUACUCUCCUACCUCCAGCCAGCAAUGGCUGCGCUCUUCUCAAAUUUCGUCAUUAUAACAACAGCACUUCUCUUCAGGAUAGUGCUAAAGCGAAAACUCUCUUGGGUACAGUGGGCAUCUUUGGUGAUUUUAUUCCUGUCCAUCGUUGCCCUGACUCUAGGAACUGGAAGCCAUCAGCAAAGCUUGGCUGCACAUGGAUUCCAUCACAGUAUGUUUUUCAGUCCAUCUAACCAUUGUCUUCUCUACAACGGACCUGAAGAAGCAUGCCUGCAAAAGGGCAACUGCGUAGCACCAAGUUUCCUGCCCAGCUUCCAGUGGAAUGUCACCAGUACCAUGGCAGGAGCACUGAAACCUCUUCGCCUCAGCCUGGGCCAUCUGCUCAUUCUAGUGCAGUGUUUCAUUUCUGCCCUGGCUAACAUCUACAAUGAAAAGAUCUUGAAAGAUGGAGAUCGGCUUGGUGAAAGCAUCUUCACACAGAACAGCAAACUCUAUGCCUUUGGGGUGCUGUUCAAUGGGCUUAUGCUGGGGCUGUGGACUAAGGACCGGAGGCAGAUAGGGAACUGUGGCUUCUUCUAUGGGCACAACAUCUUCUCAGUGGCUCUCAUAUUUGUCACAGCUCUCUUGGGGCUGUCUGUAGCCUUCAUCUUGAAGUUCCGAGACAAUAUGUUCCAUGUUAUGACUGCUCAGAUCACCACUGUUAUCAUCACUGCUGUCUCUUUUGUCAUCUUUGACUUCAGGCCUUCUCUAGAGUUCUUUUUGGAAGCUCCUGUAGUGCUUCUCUCAAUAUUCAUCUAUAAUGCCAGUAAACCAAGAGGCCUGGAAUAUGCUCCUCUGCGGGAAAGGGGCAAACAUGUCAAAGGAGAUGGAUGGGAGAGGUCAAGUGGGGAUGGCGAAGAAUUUGAGAGAUUGAACAAACCAAGCAGUGACAUCGAUACAGAUGAAGAUUCCCUCUAGCAUGAGGCUGGCUCAGAGAGUGCAAUUACUCAUAGUGAGAGAAUGUUAGUGUUUUAUUAACAUAAGAGAAGGGCCAUUUUCCUCCACUUGCAGAGCAAUUGAGACUAUUUUGGGGCUGAAUGUCAGAGGUGGAUAAGGAAAACAUUCAAGUCACACCUGGAGAGUUGUGUUCUCUCUUCAGAAGUUAAAAAUCUACUGAAAGAAACAAAAUUAGCAACUGAUGCAAACAAGAAGGGGCUUGGACCCUGGACUCAGUGAUCUGAGUGGCAUGUGCUGACUGUCCUGAGUCUCUGCAACUUCCUGUAUGAAUUCCUUCAUUAGCAAAGCAGAGAUAAAACUGUUCUCCACCUUGCAGAAGUGAUAUGAAUAUUGAUUAAUGUUUUUACUGCAUCUUCCAAUGUACAAAUGUUCCAGUAAGUUUUCUUUUUCAGGACUGAAGUUGUUACUGAUAACCUCAUAAAUAAUGAGGCUUAUUGGCUGUUUUGCUGUAUUUUGGCAAUUCAGAUUGACAUAACCCUGGCUGAGUAAAAGGAGUCCUUCUGAACCACCUUCGUCUAACUUGUACUUGAGAAUGUAUAAUAAAUCAAGUAAUUUGGGUUAAGGAUAUGUUGAUCCUUCAGACAGGCAGAUCUCUGGAGUGUGAUUAGAGUUUGGUCUUAAUUCUAUCUUCAUUCCAAUUUUUACACAAGUGUAACUCUGUACUGACUCCUAUGGAGUCCGUCCUUUCUGGUUUUCUCUGAUGUGACUGAGAGCAGAAUAGAUUUCACUGACUUCAGCCACUAGUUCUCCUUACAUUUUCCAUGUGCGACUGUUUUGCCUGUCUCCCAGUGUCUGGGGAAAUGGAAAUCUGGAAUGUCUUUGUAGCAAAUAGUGAAUUUUACAUGCAAUUUAUGUGGCCUAACUUUGAAAGAGCUUGAAUAAAACAGAAGUGUCUUAUACAGUA